AUGUCCAAGGUCGUGCGCAGUGUAAAAAACGUUACAAAGGGGUAUUCCUCGGUGCAGGUGAAAGUUCGAAAUGCUACGAGUAAUGAUCCCUGGGGCCCCACGGGUACCGACAUGUCCGAGAUUGCGGCCAUGACAUUUGGAAGCCCAAAUGAGUUCUACGAGAUCAUGGAUAUGAUUGACAAGCGUCUCAACGAUAAGGGCAAGAAUUGGCGCCAUGUUCUCAAGUCUUUGAAGGUCCUCGAUUACUGCCUACAUGAAGGAUCGGAAUUGGUGGUUACCUGGGCUCGGAAAAACGUCUACAUUAUUAAGACUCUGCGCGAGUUUCAAUACAUCGAUGAGGAGAGCCGAGAUGUGGGGCAAAAUGUUCGUGUGGCCGCAAAGGAACUUACCUCGUUGAUUCUUGACGAAGAUCGCCUGCGCAGUGAACGAUCUGAUCGCAAGCUUUGGAAAACCCGUGUCAGCGGUCUUGAUGACGGUUAUGGUGGUGGACAUGAACCACCGCGCCGGGAGCGACGAAGACGCCAGGGUGAUGACGAGGACGACACAGAGUAUCGACUGGCUAUUGAAGCCAGCAAAUACGAGGCCGAGGAGGAGCGUAAGCGACGGGCAAAGAAUUCCGCACCUGUUGAUGACGAGGACUUGGCCAAGGCUAUCCGGUUGAGCAAAGAGGAAGAAGAGCUCCGCAAACGUGAGCUGGAGGAGAGCAAUGCCCAUGCGCUCUUUGAUGACACCACUCCUGCUCAGGUUCAGCCCACCGGUUUCAACCAAGGCUACCAGCAGCAAGGCGCUGUGGACUGGUUUGGAAACCCAAUUAAUGCCCAGCAACCGCUGACUACAGGAUUUCUAAACAACCAAUAUGCCCAGCCAACUGGAUUCCAGAACCAACCCACGGGCGUCAACCCUUACGCAACUGGCUACGGCCAGUCUUCUGCAUUUGAUCAGAAUCCCUACGGACAGAACAACUUCUUGCAGCCACAGGCCACCGCUCUGCAACCUCAGCACACUGCAUUCCAAGGAAACAACCCGUACGGCGGUGCGGCUACGGAUUCUUUCUCGCAACAGCCUCAGCAGCAGCAGUCCCAGGAGAAUUACCUUUCAGCGGGAAGCAACAAUCCAUGGGCUGCAAACCAGCCGGCGGAGCCUAUCAAGCCUAUGAUCACAGGCUCCAACAAUCCCUUUGCCCAACGUACUCAAUCCCAGUUCAACCAACCGAUUCACUCGACGGGCCCACCAUCACUCAACACCCUAGCGGAGGACCGCAUCACCAACCAGUUUAACAACCAAUACAGUCAGAUGAACAACUCCCCAUUCGCUCAACCAAGCAGGCCACUCAGCCAACCAACCCACCCAAAUCCGAUUGCCAAUUUUCAAGUCCCCCAGCCCCCGAAGAGCACUCCUCCUCAUCAGUCAUUAGACCCUCAUCAUGCUCGCCUGAACGCCCUUUUGUCAACAGGCGAGGGUCUGGACACCUUCGGCAAUACCGGAGAUCUACGUAUUCCAGCUCAACACACCACACCUGGCACCUUUGUCAACUCCGCUGGUCAGGGUCUGAACAGCCUACACGCCAACCAAACGGGCAGCAACCCCUUCUUCGGCCAGCAACAUACCGGCGUUCCCCAGCAGACAGGCUUCAUGCAACAGCAACAGCCCAACAACAACCCAUGGGGUGGUCAACAGCAGUCGCAGCAUGGAAGCAGCUUGAUCGAUCUGUAA